AUGGCCCCUCAAAACCCUCCUCCGGGCCAGCAAGACUGCUACUACCAGAACCAGCCGCCCGCGUACCAGCAGCACCCGGGCCUGGGACCGAACCCGCACCAGAACCAAGGGUAUGGAGGCCACAGGCCAUCGCACUGGGUGCCCUUUACCCAGCCGCGGAGGGAGAGGAGGCGGUGGGACAGGACCACAUCCAUCCUGCGCCAGUUCUCGAUGGCGCUACCCGUCGUCAUGAUUAUCGUCGUGGCGUACAUGUAUAUCCGGGAGGCGCACGAGCGGUCGAGCAUGGAUUUCCCGCCGAGCGCUCCCAUCUGGACGCCGUUAUAUACUAUUCUUCCCUUGGCCGUCACCACCCUCGUCUGGACCUGCGUAGUCACCGGUAUCCAAAGGCGCUCAGAGCGCACCGGCGGACCCUCGACGCCUUUUUACCUGUUCGCUGUCGAGCUCGUCUUCGCCAUCGGUUCGAUAGCCUGCUUCGCCAUCAUGGUCUGGUAUCUGAACAAGACGUGGGAUAGCCGGUCCCAACCGCUUUUCAAUUCGCUAGUCAGUGUGACUUUGGCCAUCAUCACAGGCCUACGCAUCCGAGCCGAGCGCAAAGCGACUGCGCAGCAGGCGGAGAGCUACAUUGUUCACUAA